AUGAAACGCUCCGGAUCCUCUCGCGUUCCGUCCCCGACUAACACCACCUACUCUGGCAUCUCCAACUAUCGCUCCGAAUCAUAUCGUCCUCUGCGGGACGCCACACCCGGCCCUCUCCCAAACGCGGACCCCCACACUGUCGCUCGCAUUCAUUUCGACGAGCUAAGCAGAUACUUGGCGGCGUACCUCGCCAAAGAGCCCGCCAACUCCCGAUCUACAGCCAGACAAAAGCUCACUCGCCUCACACGACAGCAAUUUCAAGAGCUUUCUACAGAUGUAUACGACGAACUCGUGCGCCGCAAGAACAACACCACCAAUAAUGAAGUACCUUUCCUUCCUGUGCGCGAUGACUUCCAUCCGAAGCGAAACCAGGCUCGACAGAAGUUAGCGACAUUGCCCACCGGCCGAUUCAAGGAUCUGUCUAGUGAUGUUUACUAUGAGCUUGCGCGGCGGUACCCUGAGUUCAAGGAAGAUCCGACCGAUGGUGCCCCCUUACCUUCGCCGGGCUCUACAUACGAUGACUAUCCAUCUCCCGACUUCCCGACAUCUCCGCGAGGCAACGUCGCCACGCCACCUGUCCCAAUUCGACCUGCUCGUCUUUCCGAAGACAAGCCCUUCGAUAACGGCUUCGCAGGCAGCCCCUCCACCUCCACCCGGAGGCCCAGUGAGGACACCUACGGCCGGCGCAGACCAAGUGAUGACGACUUCGCCAACGGACGCAGCUCCGGUGUCGAGGGCUACGCGGGCAGCCCCGGCGCAGGCGCGCGUCGACGGCCCUCCCAAGACCUCUACCGCUCCGACGACCGGCGGCGCCCCUCCCAAGACACGACAAUCCGGCGCUCGGAGGACCGCGAGCACCCUGGCGCGGGUGUCGGGCGGCGGCCGAGCGAGUCCGUGAGCGUGACGAGCGAAUCGACGUCCGCAUCAAACGCCCAGAGCGCCACUGCCGGAAUGGGCAUGAUCAUCCCGAACAAGAGCACGAUUGCGGAGGAGGUGAUCGAAGUCCCGUACGGCCGCGAGGUGCGCGACAGCUCGAGCACCGCGAUUGACGACCGGGAUCGCGACCGCGACCGGAGUGGCGAGCGCGGCAGAGAGACGGACACGGAUGGGGAGGACUUUAGUCCGCGUGGACUCUCAGGGGGAGGCCUCGGCGGGCUGAGUGGGCUGAGCGCGCGUUUGCAAGCGGCGGAAGGCGAGGACGAAGACGGCGCCGGCGGGAGGAGUGACGACUAUUUCGACAAGAUGUCGUUCGGGCGUGCGUCGGUUACGUCGGAUAGGUCCACCGGUGCCGCUGGGAUCGGUUCCAGGAUGCUGGGCGGUGGUCGCACGAGCGUGGGUGGGGACGAGCACGAGCGGCUAAGGAGGGACUAUGAGUUCAAGAUCGCCACUAUGCAGUCGCGGAUCACGGGCCUCGAGCGGGAUCUCGAGGACGUGCAGCAACGCGAACAGAAGUGGUCCGAGGGGGAGGAACGCGUGCGCAUCAUGCAGCAGGAGCUCGAGGAGCUACGGCAGCGAUUGGAGGAGAAGGGUGGCGCCAUACUCUCUGUGCAGCAGGAGCUAAAUACGCUUCGAGAAGACCGUACUCGAGAGAAGGGGAUUGAAGCGCGACGAGCACGGGAAGAUGAAGAGGAGAUGCAAAUAUUGCGGGACAGGUGUGAGCGUUUGGAGGCCGAGCAUGAGGGUCGUGAACAGGGUAACCCGGAGCUCUUGGAUCAACUGCGGUCUGACAUGGAGGGUCUCUUGACUGAGCUCUCCGACCUGUCACGUCGGAACGACGAGCUGAUGACCGCCAAGGAUUCUGACCUUGUGAUAAUCCGCGAUCUUGACUCCCAGCUGAAGGAAUACAAGCGCAAGUACGAGCAAGCCAAGACCGAGCUCCGCAGCGUGAAAGCGACCUCGCAACUAUUCCUCCAAGCACCCCGAACUGAUGACCAGCUACCAGUAUCUCCAGAAGGUGGCCUCUUAGAUAUUCACGUUACCGCCUUCGUCACCGCGAUCGACAGUCUGCUCACAGCAGGACGGUCUAACUCUCCAACACGCGUUCUCACUCCCAUGAAAGCUGUCGUAAACGCUGUCACUGUCAUUAUCGAAGAUGUAAGAGCGUUCGAGCGCCGACCUCGGCGAGAUCGCUCGGAGGUUGACCUGGAUGCGUUACGAGCUCUGAGAGAACGAGCUGAUGCCACCCUCAGCAACCUGGUUGCGGCCACCAAGACGCAUGCCACAAGCUCCGGAAUGUCGCCUGUCAGCCUCCUAGAUGCUGCCGCAAGUCAUGUUUCUGCGACCGUCACAGAGAUUGGCAAGACAGUAUGCAUCCGGAAGGCCACCAGAGCAGAGCAGGAGCAGUUUUCUCCCCCUACGACCUCUACAUCCGCGACCAACGGGUUCACGCCGUCGCUGCGGUCUGUGGACGAAUACCGGUCGGCACACCAGAGAGGUGAGAGCAGCGCAAGCUCAAGACGGGGCGAUGAGGUCGCAGCGUCAGGGCGCUUUACGGAGUCUCCUUCUCGCUUUUCGCCCGGCCGAUCUUCGCUCGAGGGGCGGCGACCGCCGUCGAACCCCUCCAGCUCUGAGACGAGUUCUCCCCCGCCUAUUUUCGACAAGCCUGCCACACAUAGCACAGGCGGCAUGACUAGUGAUGAGUCUGCCGCUGCAGAGGGAACGGAGGACGCCUGGACGGAACUCAAGCCCUACCUUGAGGCACAAACUGAGGCAAUUGUAUACGCCAUCCAAAGCGUACUAUCAGGCGUCCGCAGUCCAACACCGUCUCCGACGCUCAGUGAGAAUCUCACGCAGAUCAUCACGAUUGUCUCUAGUAUAGUCGCUGUGUGCAAGGACAAUCUCCCGCCAGAGUCAGCCCCACAAGGCGAGGAGGUUCUUCGGGAGUUGGGCGACCAUGCGAACAAGCUGAGCGAGGUGCAGGCGCAAGCGGAGGUGACAAAGGAGUCGCGGCAGAUCAUGGCGAAGUCGAGCUUCGCGGUGGCGAACGCUAUGAAGGGUUUAAUGAAGCUAUAG